CGAACUAUGCAGAUAAACGUCUUGACUGAUGAUCUUGACCAAGUUCGUCUUGACGGAUGGUCCGUCUCUACUGAAAUCGGGCCAUAAACGUCAAAGGAGUAAUCUGACUCUUAUCUCUUGAGGUCAUGCAUGUAUCAAAUUUAAAAUUCAAAUUUGCUCAAAGAUUAGUGAUGUUUACCUAACUAACCUAAGCCCUAAGGCUAAGAGUUUGUCAGUACAUGUCACUACAACUGUUUGAAGGCAGUUGGUGUGUAAAUCCCGCUGUUUAAGAGCGGCAUAUCGGUCACAGACCCAGCGAUACAAGAUACAAAGUCAAAGGUAGACAGACGUCAGGGAAACAGAGGAAGUUCAACGAGUAAAAACGUUAUCAAGUGACAGUUGACUAUACCGGAGAAAUAAUCCUUUCUGAUAAGAUGUCUGAACAAGAACAGAAACCAUUGUACGAAAUAGCGGAAGAGGAAGAGAUAGACAUGACAGAGAAAGAUGAGGCAUUUGAAAAAGGACCUGGAAAAAAAGAGAGAAGCAUUUCUGAGUCUGGAAAAAAAGAGAGAAGCAGUUCUGUGGGAUCAAAACAGCCCAUAAGCCCACUUAUAAGAGCUGUUCGCGGCGGGUCGUCUUCAACGUCAUUGUUUUUCCAGGAACGGGCUAAUUUGAAUGAAUUAGUUGCCACGGAGGUCGACAAUUUCAAAAAAAAUAUCUUCCAUUAUGCAGUCUCAAAACCAGAUACUUUACGAGAAAUAUUGAAAGAAUUUAAAGAGAAUACCUCGGUGGCAGAGGCUCUCCGCCAAGCAGACAAAAACGGGGAUACUCCAAUUCAUCGCGCAGCUGUAAUUGCAAAUACUGAAUCAUUACAAAUCCUCCAUGGUUAUGAUGACUCGUUAAUACAGCUGAAAACCGCAGUUAAAAAGAGAUCAGUUCUGCAUUCAGCUGUCAGGAGUAGAUCAGUUGCCGCUGUGAAGUUUGUUGAAUGUAAAGCUCCUGGUUUGAUGAACAGUGUGGACAGUGCGUUACAAACGCCUGUACAUUAUGCUGCUGGUCUGAAUCAAUCGAGAAUUUUGGAAUUUUUUAUUUACAAAGGAGCCAAUACCACGUCAAGGGAUGCCAAUGGUCAGCUUCCAAUCCAUAUCGCUGCUAGUAAAGGUCUUCGAGAUAAUAUCGAACAUUUGUUACAAGAGGACCCAGCUUUGGUUGAUGCAACUAAUAAAAUGGCCGAAACACCAUUAAUGUUGGCAGUUAAGAAUGAUUUUCCUAUUAUCGUGUCAUAUUUAUUAAUAAAAGAAGCAGAUUAUAAAAAGAAAGAUAAAAACGGUUUGACAGCAUUUGACAUUGCUGUCCGGCGCACAUUACCAGAUGUCGUUGGCUCAUUUCUUGACUGGAAUGGCUGGAAAGAGGUGGUGAGUGAGUCAAACUAUGGCCCAGAGGAAUGUUUGACCGUGUUGGUUGCAAAAAUGCCUGAAAUUGCAGCGAAGUUAUUAGAUAAUUGUGUAACUGCUACAGGAUCAAAAGGACAUCCUGACAAUUAUCAAGUCAUGUAUGACUUCUUUUGCCUUGAAACAAGAGUUGAGGAUGGAAAGUGUCCUCGGUUUUCAGCUUUGGAGAUGAUGGUAUAUAAUGAAGUAGAGGGCUGUGUAUGUCAUCCAGUAGCUACAAAGUACGUGAACAUAAAAUGGAGGAGACGUGGUUUCCAUUGGACUCUUGCUAUAAUAUUGUUGGCUUUGGUGCUUCAUAUAUGUCUUAUGUUGUAUACAACAAGAGUUAUUGGUGUGGUAACACGUCGCAUUGAGAGAAGGCAUUUGGGAGUUAACGGUACAAACAGAACGAUGAAUAUUCACGAGCGUGAGGGUAGAAGACCAGAUGCUAGUGAAAUGAUGGCGCUGAGAGUAAUAAUUCUGACUGUUGCACAUUUGGAAAUGUUAAAAGAUAUUUUGGAAAUAAUUGUCGAACGUUUCUACUUUUUUACCUCCAUACGUCAUUACUACAGAAUUGCAUUGUACAUCAGCAUUAUGCUCUAUUUACUACCUGUUAACCAAGCAAUAACGGUAAACCAAAUCCAAUAUGGUGCAAUCACUGUUAUGUUGUCAUGGCUAAAUUUAUUACAGUUUCUGAAACUUGUUCCCUUCCUUGGUAUAUAUAUCAUAGUCGUUGAAAAUGUUUUCUGGACGCUGUUAAAGAUAUUUAUUGUCGUCGUUAUAUACUUGUUGAGCUUUGCCAGCACGUUUUAUGUGCUCCUCGCAGAACACGACAGCUUCAGAAAUAUUUACAUCUCCUUUGUUUCAACAUUUGUUGCCAUGUUAGACGGCAUUGAUUAUGAGAAUCUAUUUGUCGCGAAUGGGUGGUAUCCACAAACAUACGAGUUAAAAAUGGUAUUCCUUGUUUUGUUCAUGUUGACAAUGUCCAUUGUAGUAAACAACGCUUUGGUUGGUUUAGCCGUUGGUGACACGAACGAAGUCAUGAAAUCUGCAAAUUUCGACAGGUUUUUGCGAAGGGCUAGAUUUGUGAUCGAUCUCGAAAGAAAUCUCAACGCUGUUCCUUACUUGAAAACUAUAGAAGACGAAGGCCUGAUCGAUUUUCCGAAGCAGAAAAAGAGUGUAUUUCAAAAAAUUUCCGAUAAAGUGUUCUUUGGUGACGAUAUUGAUGGCGUGGAUUGUGAAAGAGCAGAAAAUGAACUCCAGGAGGAUGAUUUGGAGAGGGAUUUGGAAGAUAAAUUGGAAAGCAAAUUGGAAAGCUUUCGUUCAAGUUUGCGACAUGAACUAAGAGAAAUUCAAGAUCAUCUUGAAGAAGACCUGGAAGAGAAAGUAGGCAGGAUAUUAAAUAAACUAAAGUAAAUGAAAAACAUAUCGUAAAUUUUGAUACAAAGAACUUUUGAAACUUUCUUGUAAUCAUUUGAAGUACAUGCAUUCAUAAAUUAAAGUAUCUUUACUGGGUUUAUACAUGCACGCAUACACCGAUAAAUCAUCAGUGCAUGUGCACUUGACUCUUGCCAUUAUUAAAAAUCGGCUAUAUAUAUUUAUAUAUCGUAACCUACAUGCGAUAAUUUGUAUCAACAUAGCUUGUGACGAGUUCCAUACGACAUAAAUCCUAAGGAA